UCUGUCGAGUUCUACCUUCUGUCGCGGUCUUCUUUGCAUAGCCCGAUAAACAGGAGGCAGCUUACCACAUAUAUGUGACUAACAUUGGUAUAUUAGUCAACCUAUGAUGCGCCAGCCGCGAACGCAUGCGUUUGAUCAACUUCUCCUUCUCUUGUAUACAUCAUUGUUAAUACUAGUGAUAUUGUCGCUAAUACUGUUGCAAUGAUUGUGCGACCGAGGCGCUAUAGCGUCGUCUGCAGUGGCAUUCUCUGAUACUGUGAGUGAUGGGGGUUGCUGCCUGCGGACCGACGUUUUCGUAGAUGCAUUACAACCUGUAUCUCUCACGUCGACACAGUUACCGGUGGCCUCAAAUAGUGGGUUUACUGUGCUCGCUUAUUUCAGCUUGUUCGUGCCUCUCCCAAAUCCAACAGAUAGCAGCAGAAGAGAAUCCUUACAUCAAAGUGGCAGUUAUGGAUCAGUUAACAUUUCGACCCUGGGAAUUUUUAACGAUCCGACGGAGUGAAAGUUCCAACUGUCCUGUGAAAGGAUAAUUUAAAUAAGUAAAUAAGAGAGUGCGGGGCUGGAGGAAUUGGCAAUUCAGCGAAAAGGACAUGAUCGGAGAUCACCAGCUGUCGGAGGCGAUAUUCUGCGUACUGUUAAUGUCGUCGUUAAUUCGACGCGGAGCAGUAGCUUCUUUGUGUUUUGAAACAAACUGGAGACUCUGCAUGUGGCCAUAUCCACAUUUCAAACUGCUAAUUGCCAGUUUAAUGUCGAGGCUAUCAGCUAAACACAGUUCGGUGUGCCUUUGUGAAUUGAUGAUUUAGCGGUCUACUUUAAAGCCUAGCGAUGGCUUAUGACUAAUUACAACAUAUCUGAGAACUUGACAGUUCUCUUCCACAUUAGCGUACGCCUCGCGUAUGAAUAACUUGGAGCCUGAUCCAUUCUUUGAGUGGCCCGGAUAUUGUGUGUCUCCUCUUGACAGCACCUGUAGCGUCUAGCCAAGUUACUGCCUUUCUAACUGCUCAAAGUAGACGAGCUCUACCGAACGGGUGAUCGUUCUCUUGGCAAGCAUACGUUCUUCCUAACACAACCGCCUCCUGAUCCGCUCGACAAGUAAACGGUGUGGUUUCUCUGAGGAGAACAGCAUUGAUGUACUUGCUAUAAGUUGUUCUAAGACGCUAGUAACGGUAUUUGGUAUUGCGCGCUACGUGACCAGUGCGUAUUACACAACUGUAUCUCUAUGUAGAACGAGAAAAAGAUCUAAUAUCUCCUUUUUUCUGCUUAGACCUUUGUAAAUCAACAGUGUCUGGACUACGGUGUCAAAGUGAAACACGAGGCGAAUACACAAUAUUCAAGCGUCAGAGAUAUAACAAACGAUCGGGGACAUUUCAUAUCCUUAGUGAAAACGGUCAUGUAACGGUUUCGGAACGCUUGCAAUGGGUAAACCUUAUUUGAGUCCCGAAUCUAGAUGAUUAUAAGAUAGGCUUGGAGAACGCAAUGAGUGCCAGGGAGCAAUCCACUGUGGAUUAGUGUUAGUUUACACUGAGGACUGAUUGUGUAGUUAUCGCAGUGAGUCAAAGUAUCGUGAAUUUUUGUGACAGUCGUCUGUGGUGAUCUGCAGGCAGGAUUCGACGCGCUCAUCAAUUGCGAUUGCAGGCUCUACGAGUAUUCGCGGUAGCAGAAAUUGAUGAACUGUAAGUUUUGAAAACAGAUAUUGACACGAGGCAAGGUCUUUUUUUGACCUAGUCAGGGGAUAAUCCGAUUACGAUGAACGAGCACGAACGUGAACGGAGGUCCAUACAGGUCAGCCUUCUUGAAGCUCUCAAAGAGUGUCAGAUACGGUUCGGAUCGGGUCAGGAGUUGGCAACGGAACAAGACGCUCGGGUAGCAGCUCUAUGUACCUCAGUCGAGCGCGCUUUCAGACAUGGUAUACGACCACAACAUCAACAUAAUGCUUUACAGCCGUCUCUUGCGAAUAUGGUGCGUGGUCUGCUAACUCAAAAUGAUGUCCGAGGCUCGAGUGAUCUCUUUGCAUUUAUAUGGAACUUCCUUAGUAAACAUGAACUCGAAAGGUUCCAGCUGUUGAAAAACGUAAGAACCGAUGCUGGCAGAGCUCGGGCGUGGAUUCGAUGCGCUUUAAAUGAGCACUCCCUAGAGAAGUAUUGCAAGAAGUUGUUCGGUUCUCAGGAAAGAGCUCGCUUAGAAAAGUUCUACGAGAGCUGGGCCUUUCUACGGGAUGAGGAAUUGUGCGCAGUCUUUGAAACGAUGUCACAGGGCAUGAAAAGUAUUUUGUUUGCACUAAACGUCGAUAGUUCCCGACUCGAUCCGGAGGAACCCGUCAGCCCCGCUGCAGAAGUCGGCUCAGCUUUUGAAGAUGGCUUUGAGGCGCCUGCGCCGGUCAUGGCGCCGGACGCUCGUGAAGGUCAUAUUAAGAAAAAAAAAAAGCGGUCCACUCAUUAUAACCCAACGACAAGCCUUGAGCCUGCCGGUGGAAGUCCCUCAGAGAUUAAAAGCAGCCCACCGUCGAGUGUAGCCAGUCCCAUAGCGGAGAACCUCAGUGGUAUUGAGGACAGCUAUUUUCAGGCUUUGGGAAAGUCUCCUCAGUUAAAGACGGGUUUGACGCCCAUCACCGAUUCGGUUGGUCUUUCGUAUGGUGACCUAAUACCGGUAAAAAGCGAGGAUACCAUUGGAGAGGAUACACUGAGUACAACGAGCGGACGGAGCGAAAGAGCCUGCGCGUACUCCAGCAAGAGCACGUCACUGUCGGAAGGUGAGCUUCGUGAGGCGCUCGAAGCGAUGGUCGAGCGUCGAAAACAGCUCGAGUGUGACUUGGAGUCUUAUCGUGAGCGGCUGGCUAGUGAACGAGAGCGCACUCGAAGAGCUGAAGAGAAAUUGCUGAAGGCCGAAACUCGACAGGGCCAGAUGCUACGCGAGAUGGAACAGGUAAAAGGCCAACUGCGGAAAUACGUCCAUGCUGUGCAGAUGCUUAAAGCUAACGGAAAGGACAACCGAACCGCCAGUGAGUUGCACUCGCUUGAGAUUACGGCAAGCACUAACGAAGAGGGCCUUCUCAACAUCGGCACUACAUCGACCAAUAGUCUUGGUUACGCCGUCGACGACCCUACAAACUAUGAAGCGAAGCUGGUACAAGUGGCAGAAAUGCACGCAGAACUCAUGGAGUUCAAUGAGCGGUUGCAGAGACAACUGGCACUUAAGGAAUCAGCAAUUCGACGACUUCGGGACGAACUCACUGAUUUACGUGGGCCCCUCGCGGAAGAGGACAGUUCCUCGGAUUCACACUCAGUGACAUCUGAUUAUGAUACCGUUUCACAAUUUAGACCAUCAAUCAAUAUCUGGAUUCCGUCAGUAUUCCUCGCUGGGCAAGGAUCGGACGCGUUCCACGUUUAUCAGAUAUAUAUUCGUAUAGGCGAAGAAGAAUGGAACGUCUAUCGACGAUAUUCUCAAUUCUAUUCGAUGCACAAAGCACUAUUACGAGGUCAGAGCGUUUUCGCUUCUUUUGAUUUCCCGCCAAAGAAAAGCUUGGGCAACAAAGACGCGAAGCUCGUACAGGAGAGACGCAAACGCUUACAGAGAUAUCUUCGUUGCGUUAUCAACUGGCUUCUUCAGGGCAAUUCUCGCCUUUCGCAGAAUCCUGACAAGGCGACGUUGACUGAAGCGAUGCCGUUCUUCGGUGAUCGCGAUCAAGCCCACUUUCCACGGCGGAGGCAAUCCCCCAUUCGAAGAGCCCAGGAAGCUCAAGCCUACUACAACGGAUUAUAAUCGAUUCUGUAGUGGAAGUUCAAUUGUUGCCUUGCGGCAGUCGCGCAACGACUGCCCGUACAAAACGGCCCGUCUAUUUCCCCCCGCCAAAAUUCUGACAAAGACAGCGAGAAGACAAAAACCGAGUUGUUGUUACGGCAGACUCUCCAGUCAGCUAUUUGACCUGCACUAACACACUAUGACGUAUUUUACCGUUCGCAAUCCUAUAUAUAUAUAUAUAAUGAGCGUUUAUUUGCUAGGUUUUUUACAUACCCUAUACUAUGUUUGUACAGUUCCUUAUCUCAUUUCCUUAUUAAUCGUAAUUAACAGUACAUACAAAAAGUUCCCGUCAAAGCGUAAAAUCAUGAAAUGAUCGCCUUAAUAAUACACACUCAAAAACAUCGACUGUGAAAAAGCGUCAUUAUGUAUAGCUGAAGAAUACGUUAGACUGAAAUGCCGGGUAUAUAUUGUUGUUGUUGUUGCUGCUGCUGCUGCUGCUGCUGUUGUUGUUAUUGUUGUCGUCGUCGUCGUCGUCGAACGGAGUACGAAAUACAAAUUUCAAUGGGAAAUUUGCUCGGAAUCACGCUUUCUUCACUUUAGUCAUCGUAUUUAUUGAAACUUUUUGUACACUCUAAAAAAGCUUUAGAUCCUAUAAAGUAUCGUAGAUGUCCUUGUGAAUGAGAAUGCGACUGCUGUAUGAGGGUCCGUUAUCUUUACUGGAACACAGUUUCACAGUUAACACACACACACACACACACACACUGUAUUUAUCAGCAGAUUUUUAGAAUUCGAUUACGCAAAUGAUGGACGUUUCUAUGCACAGAGCUUCGCCCACCUUUAUUCGUUAUCAUAUUUUUACGCAUAGUAAAUAAAGGCUAAUUAAGUGUGUAUUUCUGUGAACAUAUAUGUAUUGAUGUUGUAGAAGCGUUGCGUACAAAUAGGUCUAUAUGAACCUUAUUGUUACAGUCGACGUCGAUAUAUGAUCAUUCAGGCGACGAUUCCUAUGUUAAAUGAACGUGGAUUCGUCUAUAUGAUGCCAAAGCUAUGCUGUUGUUAUACGCGAUGGCCUUCACCUGCUGAUGGCUGCCAUCAAGCGAGGAGCACUACUGCUUCGUAUUCAGAGAACAGAUGAGGGUAGGGUUCAGUUGACGAAGUUUUUAUUUAGCGCUAUAUGUCAAUGAAACAAUGCGCCAAAAGACAUUUACGUAUGGCCGUUAUUAUAUUAUGAAUAUCGACAGUAUUUAUUUAUAAGUCGUACGCUACGAUCACUACAGAACACAGACAUUGAACAGCAUGUAGGAAAAAUUAAAAACUUGUAAAAAGACUUUAUACUAGGAGUAUGACGCGCAAAGUGAGGAAUAUAGAUAUCGUAAUUGUCAAACAUGGCGGUUGCCCGCGUCGUUAAGCGGGCUACUUCGGACCACUUUUUAGCCUAAUUUAGCUUCAUAUAGCCGAAAAGCUCAUUUCAAUAUAAUUUUGUUUCCACGCUUCUGUUCAUCAAAAUUUGUGAUCAAUUAAUGGUAUGAUUAAACAGUCAUAUUUAGACAUCACAGAUUGGCGUUCUCUAACGCAUGAUUUUAUGAAGGGAUCUGAAAAUGCGGCGUGAAGUUGACCCUUCUCCAUGUAGCACUGAGCCUCCAGCUUAUCUCUAAUGGCUUAUUACACUAAUUCGAUAAUUACACUGUGUUUUCUAAUUUCAGGCAUUUUUUUGAAUAAAAUAUCUUCCAUACAAAUAUAUUUGUGAUAUCUUUUUUUUUUUUGUUUGGCACGUUCAGUUACCACGUUACGAGUGAUAGGUUGAAAAGCACUUCAAAUGUACCGCAUUCCUAUGUGGUGUGUUCCUAUGUAACUAUGUUAUCUUAAGGCAUGCUUCGUUUAAAUGUCGUCGAAAGUUUGUCUCACCGUUCUUCAUUGUUCGUAUCACUGUAGAUUUUCUAUUUCUGGAGCAGAAAUCAGACGGUGCAAUGUUGCCCCCGCUGGCAUAAAGUUGCGCGUCUCGAUAGCAUUACAUUAUAGAAUUCGGGCUUGAUUUCUAAUUAUCGCUUUCUGUAUUAUAAUUUACUCAACAGCUCUAUUAUUCUGGACAUGGUGAUGAUUCGGGCGGGCGUUUGAACUAGAUAAUCAUAUAGUGUAUAUAAAUGUUAAGCAUAAGUAAUCACGAAAUAGAAGCGUAUCGGCACCUAGCAACAAAAUCAAGCCCUUAACCACCACCAAAGCCUUGACAGUUUUGCUUGUCGUUAACAACAAUGAUGAAUGCUCCCUUUCAAUGCCACUGGUGAGGUUUUAAUGUUUUUGAACAGCUGGGAAAUGUUUAUUCUUCGGAUGCUAAACGCUUGUUUUUAACUGAAGUAGCGUAUCUGAAGCACGAGACACCAGAUGCGCUGUCUAUCGUAAACUGUACGCAUAUUCGGUAUGAGAACGGUAUCAAGCGUACACGAAGUUCAGAAUAAAUGUACACCAUUAUUGCUACGUUAUAUAUAACGGAAAAUGUCGUGUAAAUAUAGCAAAUGUAACCAGUGCGUACGGGACAAUUUCGAAAACAGAUGCUAUCAACCGUUAGCUAAAUCAUUUAAUACACACGACCAGGAUAUUAGACCAGAUCGAAAGAUAUGCUUUACAGGAUGCAGGCUGUACCUUCGAAUCACUAUGGCAACCUGAUAAACAAAGCGGCUAACGUCAUGUUCUACAGUUAUUUUUCGAAUAAGGAACUACAAGAUUCUAACGAACGAGAAUUAAACCUCGUUGCUUGUAUAGGCAACUAGAUUCACUCGACGAUGUCGUAGCACUUCUCUAAGAAUAUCCAUAUGUUUUUUUCUAAAAACAUUGAUUUAGAUCGGAAGAGCCCUUAAACAGGUUGAAGACAUUGAAUAAUCGGUAAACUACUCAGCACUAGAGGACAGAAUGGAGUGUAUCACAGUUUUCGCUAUAACACUCUAUGCUGAUUGAGUAUCUGUCUAUAAGUUGAAAAGCAAAGAUUCCGAGAUCUAAUGUGUGUUUUUAGGAAAUGAGAACGUUGGCGAGCUCUAUCAGCGACUGAUCGAAACACACGACAUGGCAGUCUUCAGCGAAAUACUAGUUUUUUAAUGGUUCAAUCAAUUUGGAGCGGCUAAACACCGCAGAGGGAAGACUCCACAUGAAGACCUCAAACAGAAAAGCGAGUCGCUAUUAUUACGGAAGCUUUCAAGCGAGGCAAGCAAAGUACAAUGCGCUUCUUGUCAAUUCCGCAUAAGACUCCGUAAAGCACUGGAGCUGAAGAAAGAAGGAGACUAUCCACGAACUGAGUCUAAAGCAGGUAAAAAAAAACUGUGCUAUGCUUCGGGGGCAAUUAUUAUUAGGAAAAAACACUUUUGGAGCACGCUGUCACUAUGGACAAGAUCCGUACCAGUCGCGGCGUUCACCUUAAAAGUAUCAGGCGAUAGAAUGGCUCCCUACAGAGAAACGAAAGUCUCCAUAUAUCAGAGAUUUAAGCAGUUGCUUUUAUGUUUCAAGGAAGGUGAUAGGU